AAACGACUAACUUUGAAAUAGACGACAACAUAUGUAUCACUAAUUCAUGUAUAGGUGAUGCCUUAACGGUACGUUAUGAGACAGAAACAGGUAAAAUCGAUGACUCUGUUUUACGUCAGCUGCUUGACGCGUUGUGCAAAGACGACGUGGCAAUGAAGAAACAUGAUUGGUCGUCCAUUGAACUUGUUGAAUUUAGCCGCCGCUUUGCGAGUAAAGAUGAGAUGAAAAAGUAUUUCUUGCGUCAUGAACUGUUUAUCAUGGCAAAUUAUCUCGAAUGUCGACUUACAUCCCAAGGCGCAUCAGUAAGCCGUAGUUGGCCGAAGGAUAAAUUAAACGACUAUCUGCAUCAGCUGAUAAUGACAGGUAUUACACCUUUGCCAAGCAUAUCGAGCAAAUCAAAGAAAAGACACAUAUUGUCAUUGAAAAAAAUGGCUUAUCGUGCUGUCUCAAAGAUGCCCAAGAUAUAUUUAGGAAUCAAAAUGGCCGAAUAUACGUGGGCUAAAACGGCCUCUGAAUGGCGCUGCAAAAACAAAAUUCCUUCAGAGAUCUGCUUUGAGGAUACUAACGAAUGUGUCGAUUGGUUCACACAGCCAUCCAUAGGAGAAGAUGGAAAUAUCAGGUUUCACUUCACAGAUGCCUGUCAUAUUCUUACAUGUCUAAGAACAAAGAUUUGUACCACCGGAAUAUCAGGUUUACGGAAGGAGGCGUGGGAAAUGGCUGCGUUAUCCAAGGAUACCAUGCUUAACGUGUCAAUAGUGCUCGAUUGCAUUGACAAACAAGACGUUGCUCUGGCUCGGCGAAUGUUUGAUAAAGACGUAGAGGAAUGCAUGGAGCGAAAUGGCAGUUUUUUCUCUGAAGCAAAAUUGGUAGGCUUAUUAGGAACUGGUUCGACGCCGAAGAUGAACCGUCUAUUCCUGCUUUGACCAGAUGCCACCAUAGAUUGAAGUUAAGACACUGGCUCCUUUCUGGAUAUCCCGUUGGACAUUUUCCACCACCUACCCAGUAUGUACGUGGAAUACCAAUUGUCACGUAUGAAGGACUUCUUGCGCAUGUCGAGCGUAAACUGCAACUGCAUGCUUUUGUCCCGGAGUACAACGCUCGAGCAACCGGCUCACAAGAAGUCGAGCAGUUUUUUUCGACAUUCAGAGAUAUGGAUCCGGCUGGCAAUGGAACCCCUAAACCAGACAGUAUACAUGGAAUGAUGGCAGCGGUGGUUGAGAUAGACAGCUUCAGAUUGGAUCCUAACAAACCCUUUUAUAUAAAGACAUCUCGUGCCGCAGUGUACCCCUCAGUGAUAUGCAUGGCCGCAACUGAUACCGCGAGCAACCACACUAAAUCAAACUUCUCAAGGAAGUAUGAGGAUGUUAGUUCUCUGCGAUACAUCAAGCCAAGGGAUCACGCUUUCGAUCAUCCAAAUCGAGCCUCUAGAAAGAAGAGACGCAAAAAAGGACUAAUAAGUAAGCCUGGGCAGCCAGCACACGGCGAAAAGGGGGUGCGUCAGUAUCACUCAAGAGAUGACUCGAAAAUACCAGCACAUCGACGCCUUGGACUAAAAGACCUACCCGAAUUAAUAUGUAAAAUGCUUUAUACAUCCAAUGAGAAGAAAUUAAAAAAAAUGUUACAGUGAUUUUUGCUUUUAUUUAACAUUGAACACUUUUAACGGAUAACAAUUAAAAAUUGACGACAUCCAAUGACCCUGAUUAAUCUUUUCAUUUAAAUAUACACAGGUGCUGUAUGCGCAACUUUCA